GCGAGCAUCUUAGAGCGCGCUUGUUUUGCUUCCACACAAGAUUUACUAUUUUUUCUAUAAACUAUUCUGUAUCACAAGGAUCAUGUAAUCAGCAGCCAUAGUCUCGAAAAUAAUAGGAGUCGAUCAGCAAGAUAAUAAAAAGCGGAAAUGGAGGAGGAGCAAGUACAUGUGCAAGUGAAAGACAACUCGUCGUCGAUAGAGCACAUCUUACGUCCAAUAACGUACAUCUCGUGGCUCCUGGGUGUCGGUGUAGCACAUCCGCGAAAGUGUCCCAAAACUAUAACGAUAAUCAUACGCAUAAUUCAAGUGGCUGUGUGUUCCUCUAUCUUAAUGUACGACGCAAAACUUUUCUAUUUUUGGAUAUAUCAUUCUGUUCAUAAUGACGUAUUCAUCUACAUGGAUAUUCUAAACUGGACGGUGUGUUACAUAUCGAUUUAUUAUUAUAUUUAUUACGGAAUCAGACAGUACAGCAAGUGGCCGGAACUGAUGGAUAGAUUGAAAAGACUCGAUCAGGAGAUCAGAAAAGAAAUAUCCAUGAAUGAUCAGUUCAUAAAAAUUAUUGAAGCGCUAGCAAUUUUCACGACGUUCACUUUCUGGCCUUUGUGGCCGAUUAUUCAUGCUCUGUAUUUAUACUUAACAGGUUUCGUAAACAUUAUUAAAAUAAAUGAUUUACUGUUUUUUUACAUAUUAGCGCAGUCUUUGAUCAACAGCUUCGUCUUCGACAUUGUCGUCUAUGUGUUAUAUCGCAGAUUUCAAAUAUUAAAUAAAUUGACUAGCCAGUUGGAUAAGUUAUCUGAUGUGCAACACAUCGUGUUCAAGAUUAGACGCAUCAGAGAAUUGCAUGCCGAUGUUUGUGAUCUUGCCAGCAUGGUAAACGAUAUUCACGGUCUUCAUCUCCUCUUAUGCUCGGCGAGUUGCUUCAUGAUGGCUGUGACUACACUAUUCACUCUUUUAAUGAACAUAUGGAAGUCGAUAUAUCCUUUUUUUUACACUGCAUAUGCUAUGCAAUUCUACCUGAUUUGUUGGAUUUGCACUUUCGCGUGUCGAGAAUCCAAUAAGACCGGAACAAUUAUACACAAAAUUAUAUUGAUUUGGAAGUCUGUAAAUCUUGAUCACGAGGCGAGUAAUCUAUCGAGUUUAGAAGUGCAAUGUUUACUGGAAGAUUCGAACGGCGAGCAAAAUUCUAAUUGUAACAGCAGUUACAAUCCGCACGUCAUAGAAAAUUCUUUGAGCAGAAAUCUGGACCGAGAAUGUGUCAUAAGAGAACUCAAUGAUUUUUCGACUCAACUGCAGCAGAAUCAUAUAGCAUUUACGGCCUACGAUUUCUUCAAAAUAAAUAAUGCUUCGUUCGCUUGUUUCAUCGGGGUGAUCUUCUUUUAUCUAAUGAUCUUUGUUUAAUUAGCCAAUAACUGUAAAUUUAAAAAAAAUACUGAAAAUGUAUUUGAAGCGUUUGGAAAUGUAUUGAAAUUUAACGUCAUGUUUUUUGCAUUACAGUAACAAUUUUAAGCAUUUCUUCUUUUUCU